GCCCAGCCAGCAGGGAGCGAGGGAGGGAGGGAGGGAGGGAGGGGAGCCUGGGAGCCUGCCGUCGUGCUGCGAGUGCCCAUGUGCUCCUCGCUCUCUUGUACCGUCGCGCAGUUUUCUAACUUCCCAGUUAGAGAGAAGUCGAGUGUCCAGGGCUGGGAUUUAUCUCGUGUGCGUCUUACUAGUCGGGCGCUCUCAAUACUGCUACUAAUCCGCCCCACCUACCAACAGCCCCGCGAGUCCUUCAGCUCUCCUUCGCUUUCCGCUCGCGCCCCCAGCCCCGCCUACUUCUACCUUACUGCUCCAUCUCCCCUUUCCGACCGACCCAGCGAGCUGGUGCGCCAUCAUCUCUCCCUCCCUCCCUCCCUCCGAUCGAGUCCCUCGAGCUUGUCUGCAGCUGCUGCUGCUGCAUCGACUCUUCCCCCCUUCCAUGUAUCGUGACUUAUAUUUCUCAUAAGCCCUGUACAUUCUCUGUACUCCAUCAGUGGCAGCUCCUGCAGCAGGCCCCGCAGCUGCCCAAGCUCCAGCUCAAGCUCGAGCUCGAGCUCGAACUACCUUCACCACGCAUACCCCCCUCCCUCCUUCUUCGCUCUCCCAUGCGCGCUACAAUUCUGUUACGGCGCAACGCUCACUUCGCGCUCGUUCUCUCUUCCUCCCCACCCUCAUCGUCGCGUUGUCUCCUUGCGUUACCGCAGGUUCUGCUGUUGUGGCUCGUCUGAGGCCCCACCUUCUCUCAGACGUCUCCAACUUUUUCUCGUCCAUAUUGGAAACGACAGCCUCUGCCGAUGGCGCGAGCGCACUGCGUCGCUAGCCUGCGCCACUGAACCCGAACCCCGACUGUCGACAGCUGAAUCGUCACCGAGGUGAGUGAAUGAGCAUCCGCAGCAGCAGCAGCAGAAGCACAUUUCCAGCAUGUCUACGAGCGCGCGGAGCGAGGACCUCAUGCGCGAGGAGUUGUCAUUCUGGUCCCGCGAGCUGGAGAAUGGUUACGGGCGAGAAUGUGCAGGUUGGCAUUGACUGCCAAGGACGGAGGAGGACACCAACGACGACGACAACGACGACGAGCUUGCUGUGUUAGACGUAAGCUCACCCGAGCAGGCCUGAUCAUCAGCCUCGAAAAGGAAUGCACAGGAAGACAACCGAAGAUUCACUCGUCAGUCGUUUCAUUCGAUCGAGAAGAAACGCCUCACAGCAUUUCGUAGGCUGGGAAUGGAACGGACGAAAAGGAUAUUGUGAGUGAGUGAUGAGUGACUGACGAGUGACUGAGUUAGCGAGCGAAGGAGCGAGUGACUGAGUGAUGACUGAGUGAUGAACGAGGGGCAGGCUGGCCAGCUCGGAUAUAAAUCUUGCACGUAAGUCAGCAGCUCGGUUCGUCCAUCGAGCGAUCGCUCAUUUUCAGAGCAUCGUCAGAGAGCCAGCGAGCGAGCGAGAGUCUGAGAGCAGCAUUUUCGAGCCGAUGAGCGGGGCCAGUAUUUUUAGCCCGACAGUCGCGAUGGGCUGCGAGAAGGUCAGGCGCCGGGCGCCGGGGAUUCGCGCGGCGCUAACAGGAACGAAGGCGUGGCUGCUGACGGCGCUGAUGCUGGUGCUGUCGCUGGGGCACAGCCACGCGCUGAACUCAGACGGGAGGGUGCUGUUGAGCUUCCUGCGCACGGUGAGCGCGGACUCCCGGCCCACCUUCAGCAGCUGGAACGGACGAGACGCCAAUCCGUGCAGCGGAUGGCUCGGGGUGACCUGCGCCAACGAGACGGGGCGGGUGGUGAACGUGACGCUGCACUCGCUGUCGCUCUACGGGAGCAUUCCGGAGGAAUUUGGGCUGCUGGACGCGCUGGAGCAUCUGAGUCUGUCGGCGCUAAAUUUGACGGGCCCCAUCCCACUGGGACUGACCAAGUGCACGAAGCUGAGGACGCUGGAUUUGAGCAGCAAUGGGCUGACGGGCAACAUCCCGGCCGAGCUCGGCCUGCUGGGCGAGCUGCGCGAGCUCCGGCUGAACGACAACAAUUUCGAUGGACAGCUGCCUGCCGAGAUAGGCCGCUGCUCGCAGCUCGAAAUCUUCUACUUCUACCAGAAUAACAUCAGCGGGACUCUGCCGCCCGAGCUCGGCGACCUGUCGAGGCUUUUGCAGAUCCGCGGGGGAGGGAACGAAUUUCUCGGUGGCCCCAUUCCUCCUGAGUUCGGGAAGCUGAAGAACCUCACGGUGCUGGGCUUCGCCGCCACGCAUCUGUCCGGAAGCAUUCCGCCCGAGCUGGGAGGCAUGGAGAGCCUGCAAAACUUUGCGCUCUAUGGAUGCAAUCUGACCGGGAGCAUCCCCAAGGAGCUGGCCGACAUCUCGACGCUCCAGGCCUUGUACUUGCACCGAAAUCGGCUGUCGGGCUCGAUUCCGCCCGAGCUGGGAAAGCUCAAGCAGCUGACGUAUCUGUACCUGUGGCACAACGAACUGACUGGCAGCAUUCCUCCGGAGCUCAGCAACUGCACGUCGCUGCAGGUGCUGGAAUUGUCGUAUAACAAGCUGACGGGCAGCAUUCCGCCGGAGCUGGGGCGGCUCGAAUUCCUGCAGCAGAUGCUGCUGAGCAUGAACAAUUUCACGGGCACGCUGCCGCCCGAGCUCGGCAACCUGGCGAGCCUCUUCAGCCUGCAGCUCGACAACAACCUCUUCUACGGCCCAAUUCCGGCCGAAUACGGCCGCCUCAGCCGCCUGCAGACCUUGUUCCUGUGGAUGAACAACUUCUCCGGCGAGAUACCGGUGAGCAUGGGCAACUGCAAGGCGCUGGUCGACUUCGACGCCACGCACAACUCCUUCACGGGCCCUCUCCCCCCGGAGCUCUUCCUGCUGCCCAAUCUGCUCAGACUCAGACUCCUCUCCAACAACCUCACAGGCGAGAUACCCAGAGAGAUCGGCAAGGCGACGAACCUCGUGCGCCUGCGCCUGGCGAACAACAGGUUCGAGGGGACCAUCCCCGUGGAGAUCGGGCAGCUGCAGAACCUGCUGUUUCUGGACCUGUACAACAACUUCCUGAGCGGCGAGCUCCCGAGGGAAUUGGGCAAUUGCUCGGCGCUGGAGCUGAUCGACGCGCAUGGCAACCAGCUGACGGGCUCCAUCCCGGCCGAGAUCGGCAAGCUGGCGAACUUGCAGAUCUUCGACAUCAGCGAGAACAGGUUCCAGGGCCCCAUCCCGCCUGAGGUUGGGCUGCUGCGAUCGCUGAACCAGCUCGUGCUCAGCAGCAAUUCGCUGUCGGGCCCGCUGCCGGGGACACUGGCGCAGUGCCAGAAGCUCGAAUUGCUCAACGUGAGCCGCAAUCGGAUCGACGGGCCGAUCCCGCCGCAGCUCGGCAGCGUCGUGAGCCUGGUGAUCGGCGUGGACCUGAGCUGGAACAAGCUCUCGGGCGUGCUCCCGCCGCAGCUCGCGUCGCUCAUCAACCUGCAGCUGCUGGACCUGUCGUACAACGAGCUGAGCGGGACGCUCAUGGUGCUGGGCCAAUUGGACAGCCUCUCGACGCUCAAUGUCUCGUACAAUGACUUCUCGGGCCUUCUGCCCGACACCUACUUCUUCAAGACCAUGCCGGCCUCCUCGUUCCUGGGCAACAAGGCGCUGUGCGUCACCGAGGCCAACUGCUCGUACAUGCCUGCCUUCGCGGGGGCGCGCGAUGGCCGAGCCAAGCCGGGCAUCGCCGGCACGCCGCUGGUGGUGAGCUUGCUGUUCGGCUCGGCGGUGGUGAUUCUGUGCGUGGGGUCGUUCCUCUUCUACAAGCGCUAUUGGGUCGACGCUGAGUACGAGGAGGACGAGGGCCCAUGGCCGUGGCGGCUGACGCCAUUCCAGAAGCUGAAUUUCACUUUGGGCGAGGUGCUCGAGAGCUUGGUCGAGAAGAACAUCGUGGGCAGUGGGUGCUCGGGCAUCGUGUACAAGGCGGAGAUGGAUGGCGGCGAGGUGAUCGCAGUGAAGAAGCUCUGGCCCGUGCGCAAGGGCGAGGCGCACCACAACUCGUUCGCGGCCGAGAUCGACAUUCUGGGCGGCAUCCGGCACCGCAACAUCGUGCGCCUGCUGGGCUACUGCUCGAACAACGACAUCAACCUGCUCAUGUACGACUACAUGCCCAAUGGGUCGCUGGGCGAGGUGCUGCACGAGAAGCGGCGCAUGCUCGACUGGGAGACGCGCUACAACAUCGCCAUCGGCGCGGCGCAGGGCCUGGCCUAUCUGCACCACGACUGCCUGCCGGCCAUCCUGCACCGCGACGUCAAGUCCAACAACAUCCUCCUCGGCUCGCGCUUCGAGCCCUACGUCGCCGACUUCGGCCUGGCCAAGCUCAUCGACGCCUCCAACACCUCCAAGGUCGUCUCCAAGGUCGCCGGCUCUUACGGCUACAUCGCUCCCGAAUAUGGGUACACGAUGAAGAUCACGGACAAGAGCGAUGUGUACAGCUACGGUGUGGUGCUGCUGGAGAUUUUGACGGGGAGGAAGGCCGUGGAGCCCGGGCUGGGCGAGAACUGGCACAUCGUCAAGUGGGUGCAGGAGAUGAUCAACCAGAGCAAGUGCAGCGGCAACAACCACGCGACCUGGGAGGUGAUCGACUCGCGGCUGCGGUGCAUGCCCGACGCCUUCAUCCAGGAGAUGUCGCAGGCUCUGGGCGUGGCCCUGCUGUGCGUCAACUCCGUGCCCGCCGAGCGACCGACCAUGAAGGAAGUCGUGGCCUUGCUCCUGGAAGUGAAGCACGACCCCGAGGAUUACACCAAGACCUCGAGUCAGUCGCUCAUCAACCACUCCUCGUAGGCCGAGAGCAAGAUACAGCGCGACCCACAAUCAGGCAGCAGCCGCAGACUCAAUCAGAGACAUCUAUAAAUCAGUCUAAGAAGUCACCAGCCGCCCAGUCCAGCCCAGCCCAGCCAAGCCCAGCCAAGCCAGGCAGUAGCAGUCAACUAGAAUUAGCGAGCGGGAUAUGUCGUAUCUCUGCACCUGUAACGAUUAUAAGAACAUCUCAAGACGAGGAGGACGAAGAGGAAGUGAGUUCCGUAGGGUAGAGAGGAGGGAGGGAGGGAGGGAGGGGAAACGGGGGAAAAGGAGACAGGUGACUUUUUUUUUCCAGCCCUCGACUUCAGAGACUCUAGAACUGAUAUGAUCUGAUCUAGCUCAUCAUCAGCAGCAGCAGUAGCAGCAGCAGCGGCUGCUCAUGCUGCUGCUGCAGAAGGAGGAGGGAGUAGUAGAAGUAGUAAGUAGUGUAGCAGCAGAAGAUAGAGAUGGAUAGAAGGAAGGACGAACGAACUAUUAGUUAGGGAGUUCAGCUGAGAACUCCCACCACAGCAUAUCGACGAUUAUAUCUAGGAGGAGAAACACUUGCUCUAGCUAUCGUUACUAUCUAUGUAUCGAUCAGGAAAUAUGCACAGCAGGGGCCGUGGUGCAGGUCGGGUACAAAAGGCCAUGUGCGUGUUUCCUGAGUGUGCACUCUCGAAGAACGACGCAGUGCACAUUGAAAAGACAAAUCUCUCCUGGCAGUAGGUUACACCUCAUCCUUAUCAUCACCCCCUCUCAGCUAGCUGUCGGAAUCGGAGGUGCUUGUGAGAUUCUUUAAGCUUGUACGCUCCGAAUACUCUCCACACAAAUGUAAAGACGUCAAACUUCACAUUUUUUUGACAUGUACACAAUUUCCACUUUCAUUCAAUAUUCUCCAUCUCGUGCUCC